AUGGAGAAGAACGGAGUAUCCCCUGACAUUGACGCCCCAUCUGGCGGCUCGUACUAUGACUCGAAGCCUUCAUCCAUCAAGCAGGAGUACGCCGUCGACGUCGCGCCUGCGCGCCGCGGCACUAUUCACGACGGCGUGUGGGGCGACAUUGGCGAGGACGGACCAAACUACCGUGGUCUCGGAUGGGUGCGCACGUCCAUUAUCAUGAUCAAGGUCCAGUUCGGCCUCGGCGUGCUCGUCAUGCCUUCCAUCCUCCACACUCUGGGUAUGGUUCCCGGUGUCAUUGUCCUCAUCGCUCUUGGUCUCCUCACCUCAUGGACUGACUGGAUCGUCGGCACUUUCAAGCUCGCUCACCCGGAAGUCUACACUCUCGCAGAUGUCGGCAUGCUCAUGUUUGGCAAGGUUGGCCGCGAGAUUCUCUUUGUCAUGUACUGGCUCUACCUUAUUUUCGUCGCCGCUGCGGGUCUCCUCGGCGCUUCGACGGCCCUGAACGCGCUCAGCGACCACGCACUGUGCACUGCCAUCUUUGUGUUCAUCUGUGCCAUCAUCGUUGGCGCCAUCGCGUCCAUCCAGACCCUCGACAAGAUCUCGUGGUUCACCUGGGUCGGCGUCAUCGGUAUCUUCUCGUCGCUCAUCACCCUUGCCAUCGCCGUUGGUAUCCAGGAGCGCCCCAACGCCGCCCCCAAGGCCCCGCUUCCGUGGGACAAGAAUGUCGUGGCCUUUAACAACCCCACCCUGCUCGAGGCCAUGGCUGCCAUCUCGACCAUCAUCUUCUCCUACUCUGGUACGCCUGCCUUCUUCUCCGUCAUUUCCGAGAUGAAGGACCCAAGGGCCUACAACAAGUCGCUCGUCAUGUGCCAGGCCGUUGUCAUCAGCGGCUUUGUUAUCCUUGGAGCCGUCGUCUACCACUUCUGCGGCAUCUACGUGUCUUCUCCUGCUCUCGGCUCGGCCGGCGUGACCAUGAAGAAGGUCUGCUACGGCCUCGCCCUUCCCGGCCUUAUCGCCGGAGCCGUCAUCAACUGCCACGUCCCGGCCAAGCUGGUGUUCGUGCGCAUUUUCCGCAACUCGCGCCACCUCUCCAAGAACACGCCGACUCACAUCAUUACCUGGCUCGCCUGCAUCUUCACCAACGUCUCCAUCUCCUUCAUCAUCGCAGAGGCCAUCCCCGUCUUCGGCAACCUCCUCUCCUUUGCAGGUGCCCUUCUCUCGACGCCCCUCUGCCUCACCAUUGAGUGCAUGAUGUUCAUCUGGGAGGACAAGCGCACCGGCCGCCUCAACAUGGGCAUGUCCAUUGGCCGCAAGAUCCUCCACGCCGCCAACUUCCUCCUCAUCAUCGGCUCCAUCUUCUGCAUGAUCACCGGCAUGUGGGCAUCGAUCGACGCCAUCCGUGGCGACGUUACGAAGGGCAACACUGUCGCUCCCUUUUCGUGUGCCGACAACUCGGGCUCGUAA